UUUAACUGAUCAUCUCUCUCUCUCGUGCAUUCUUCAACGACAUUAGCCGUUUCUACACCGAUCACACACCACAGAUCUGAGCUCCGAUCCCUGCGAUAGAAUUCUCCCCAGAUUUUUUUAAUUUCAGGAGUAAUUUCGAUCUAACACUAUGUCUUCCACGUUCAGCGGCGAUGAAACUGCUCCCUUCUUCGGAUUCCUUGGCGCAGCUGCUGCCCUCGUCUUCUCAUGUAUGGGUGCAGCCUAUGGGACAGCUAAAAGUGGUGUAGGUGUGGCAUCAAUGGGAGUUAUGAGGCCGGAGCUGGUAAUGAAAUCGAUUGUGCCGGUGGUCAUGGCUGGUGUUUUGGGUAUUUACGGUUUGAUUAUUGCUGUCAUUAUCAGCACCGGUAUUAACCCUAAAGCAAAGUCCUAUUACCUUUUUGAUGGUUAUGCUCAUCUCUCUUCUGGUCUUGCCUGUGGCCUAGCUGGGCUUGCUGCUGGAAUGGCUAUUGGUAUUGUUGGAGAUGCUGGUGUUAGGGCCAAUGCUCAACAACCAAAGUUAUUUGUGGGAAUGAUCCUUAUUCUCAUUUUCGCUGAAGCUUUGGCGCUCUACGGUCUUAUCGUUGGAAUUAUCUUGUCGUCGCGAGCAGGCCAGUCUAGAGCCGACUAGGUUGAGGGAACCAUGUUGUACUACGACUACUUUUUCGCGGUUGAUGAUGCCGGAUUUUUUUUGUUUCUUGGUGCUGUUUGUAUACAAUUAUUCGUUUUCUGCAGAAUAAAAGCUUCUUUGAGAGCUGUUUAUAUCUGAUUAAAA